AUGGCAAGUCUGAAAGACGACGAAUGCAGAACAAAAUUCCGCCAACGUGUCUCUAUUCAUGUCGGAGUGCGAACAAAGAAGAAGCUUAGCGAUGCGGAUUCCUUCACAAACUGCAUCCAGGACGCUGCAAGGGAAACGCUCCCGGUUCUGUUACCACGGAAGAAGUUUGCCUUUGCAUCUCCGGAAACAAAAUCCACGUACAAUUCUGGUAACUUCCGGGAGCGUCUCUUAGCAGCGUCCUGGAUGCACUUUGUGAAGGAAUUAUGUGUCGCGCGCAGUACUGGCGACUUCAACCAGGAAAAGCGUCAUAGAAGGAAGCUGCGUCGUGAACUGCAACUAAACCGCGAUAAGGAGUACACGUCAAGAGCGAUGGAGUUUGAAUAG